AUGUGUUAUACAUUUACAUUUGAUUCGUCUUCAACAAAAAAUAUCAAUUCAUGUGCUACAUUGUAUAAUAAUUUGUAUAAUUUUAAUCUACCAAACAUGAGUUUACAACAGCAGCAACAACAACAUGAACAAACGCUCGAAAAACCAGUUGAACGUGAAAAAAUGAGCCGACAAUUAUUAACAGAAAUAUUUAAUAAAUUAUCAAAAUUUGGCACGGAACCCGAUCGUUUGUUAUUUUCACAACGUCUACAAACGAUUUGGGAAGAAAAUUGGGUGCAUUGUCAAUCUUAUCCAACAAUAACAAAUCAAACACUCGAUUUAUAUAAAUUACACAAACUUGUUUUAGAAAAACAAGGUUAUCUAGAAAUAACCACAAAUCGAGGUUGGAAAGAUGUGGCAACUAUUUUGGGUUUUGGCGAUAGUGGCUCAGCUGCCUACAGUGUUAAACGGAAUUAUGUUCGUCUUGGAUUAUUAGCAUAUGAAUGUCGAUUCGAUCGCGGCGGAAUUGAUCCACAGGGUGUUAUUGAAUUAUCAGAAAUGCCACAUACGGUGAAAAAACGAAAACGUGGUAAUAAUAAUGCAUCAUCUGUUUCACGUACAAUCGCUAAAGCAAAUAAACAACAAUUACAAAUGAUCUCAUCAAUGAAAACAUUGCAACAACGUCAACAAGUACGACAGGCAUCCGAGAAUAAUACUAAUAAUGAGGUGAAUCAUCAUUCGAACAAUGAAACGUCAUCAUUCACAACAACAACAGCAGGAAUGGAGUCAUCAGACGAAAAAGUAAUAAUUAAUAAAAUAAUUGAAACGCCAUCGACCACCUCCACCACUGCUAACGAUGUUUCGAAUGAAACAAUGAUGAAAGAACGAGGUGUUAUAAUAACACAGGAAAAAGCAUCACAUCAAUCGAUCAUUACAAAUAAUGUGGAGCAAUUGAGACCAAUACAACAAGAUCUCGCCAAUGCCAUUGCUAAAUUAUUAAUACAACAAACAAAUUUACAACAAUUAUAUCCAUUGUCAGUCACUACCAAUAAAUCAACGUUAGAUAAGAGUACGCUAACAACAUCACAAUUAGUCAUACCGAAUACCGUACAUAAUCUGCUACGUUUGAAUCAACGAAUACAGACCCAGCGAAAACUGUUAUUAGAAAAUAUGCCCAUCAAUGAUAUUCAACGUUUUUCUUAUACUUUACGUGCCGGACAAUCGGCCGAUAGUAAUCAUUUGUUAGAUACUCUAAAUUUAUGGUUGUCAGAUGAACAUACAGCAAUGUAUUUCAAUUUAAAAACUCUACCCGGUCUAUUUAAUGCUCUUAUCGAACAAUAUUUAGCUUGUUUAUACGAAUUAUAUGAAGAAGAUUUUUUACAACCAAAUUCCACAAAUAAUUUGUAUAUGAAAUGGUUUUUGAAAUCGAAAUUACGUUUGCAUAAUUCGGCAAUUGGACCAACAACGAAUGAGAAAAAACUUGAACAGUUAUUCUACGGUUCAAAACGAUACGCUUUAAAACAAUUAUUAACAAAAAAAACAGUCUCUUACAAAAAGCGACAACAUAACAAAAUUACGCCUUAUAUUCUCUAUCAAUUGGAUGAUAAACCAAUGACCACCAUAAAUUUCAUUGAUAAUAGUGAUGAGUUCGAGAAUAAUGAACAACGAUUACCAUUUGUUUUUAAUAAUCCACCCUUUUCAUCCGAUUCACCUGAUUGUGAUAAUAAACCGUUAUGCAGUCCGUUCAUCAAAAACGAAGCAAUUGAAUAUGAAUUUUUAACACAAUCCUUAUCGUCUACAAGUGCUCCUCAUGUUUUUAUUAAACGAUUAGGACAGAAGCCGGGUGUGAAUGGUCGAGCACGUGCACGCGCUGCAACUACUGCGACGAACAGUCGGAUGAGAUCAAUUGAUUUUAAUCGGCGAACAUCGUCACCAUCGUGGUCGUUUCGUUCAUCAUUUUGUCCUUUGUUUACUCAUCCACUAAAAAUGAAUCAAUCUCCCACAUCAAAAUCGAAUGAUACUGAUUCCGAUAAUUCAAGUGUUUUUAAUGAAACAUCAACUUCUCAUCAUUUACCGUGGAAUGAUCGAUUAUCACAUAAUGUGCAAAUAACUGAUGAAAGUGUAAAUGAGGAAGUUGAUCAUGAUGACAAUGAAGACGAGUUGAAUAAUAAUAGUCAUAAUAAUUUUGAUCGUAUACAUUCGAUAAUGACUCGUUGUACAUGUAUAUCAACCAUAAUUCGAAAUUUAACAUUCAUCGAUGAAAAUGAACAUUAUUUGGCGAAUGACAAACGUUUAAUUGAUAUCUUAGAAAGAAUUUUGAUACUUCAACAUCAACAAUUACAUGAAAAAUAUGAAAUUGAGAAUGAACAAAUACAGUUUGAGUCAUGUUACAUGUGUACAAUAAAUUUAAAUAAAAUAAAUUCAAGAAAUGAUCUGGAUGAAGCCGAGCAGGAUGAUAAUGAGAGGACAUUCAAUUGGGCUCAGUCUGAUAGCAACACAUCAAGUAUUGAUUAUUUUGAAACAUUUUACAAACCAUCAACAUUGUCUACCACUUGUGCCGAACCAUUAUCGUGUGUGAAUGAUUGUCACCAACUUCAAUUGAUGACUAUUCUUGAUCAUAGCUUUGUAACAUUAUCGAGUUUGGCUAAUCUAAUUGAACUUCGUUUGUGUCAAAUACCCACUAGACAGCGUCUUAUCAAUACCAUUUGUCACUGGAUAUUAUGUUCAUUAUCGUUGACCGAUGAAUUAUUUAUUCAGAUGUUAAAUGACAAUAAUGAACCCAUAUACAUUUCACCACGAGAGGUAUCUAUACAAAUAUUAGCGAAAUUAUGUACAAAUGAAUCGAAUGUUGAUCUGAUAUUAUCAGAUUUAUCUAUGAAACAAUUAAAAUCUUUGGGACAUCAUAUUCUAUCAAAUAUGACUCAAUUUUCACUAUCAAAAUUAACUCCCACAGAUUUUGAGUAUUCUCUUAUAAUUCUUUGUUCAUUAUGUAAACGUAGUCGACAACUAUCGAAUUUUUUCGGUUCACAUCCGUCUUGUAUUGAUUUGUUAAUUAAUUAUAUGGAACAAUAUGAAUACUAUCAACAACAACUUAUUAUUACCACGCCAUGUACACCAUUGUUGAUAAAUCAAUCACUUGAUAUGAUGAUUGAUACAUGUAUUUCAUGUUUAACUCUACUAGCAUCAAUUAAUAAAAGUCGAAUCUAUUUCUUGCGUUACGAAAUUCGCCUAUUAGAUCUUUCAUAUUCAAUCUAUUUCGAUAAUCGAUUACAAAAAGCAUUAGCCGAUAUUUUAUAUAUUAUCAAAUCAUAA